CUGGAGUAUUCAGUCGAGAAGCCGCUGAACCGCGAGCCGGAGCUGGAGAAGCUAGUUUCAAGUUUCAUAACCGAGUCCGGCGGCUAUGACAGAAACCACGGCCCAAUCCCGCAUCUCGACGCCGACAGCCACCGCGUCUCCGUCUACGGCCUCGUCCACCGCGAACUCUCCCUCUCCAUACAAGACCUCAAAGCGCUCCCACAGCACUCGCUCAUCUGCGCCCUGCAAUGCGCCGGCAACCGCCGCCACACGAUGCGCACGAAGCUCAAGGAAGUCUGCGGCGUCGACUGGUUCGACGGCGCCGUCAUGAACUGCCAGUGGAGCGGUCCGCUGCUCAAAGACGUGCUGGAAAAAGCGGGCGUCAGGGUGGAAAAGGAGAAGUGGAAGGACGCGCAUGUGGCGUUUGCUUGCUUCCAGACGCCCGUGCAGGACGACGAGUGGUAUGGCGCGAGUAUUCCGCUGACGAGGGCGAUGGACGCUGAGUCCGCCAUCUUGGUCGCGCUGGAGAUGAACGGCAAGCCGCUCCCGCCGAAUCACGGGGCACCGGUCAGGAUCGUCACGCCGGGCAUCGCGGGCGCGCGCAGUGUGAAGUGGCUCGAUCGGAUUACGGUGCAGAUGACUGAAUGCAAUAAUUACUACCAGCGACACGAUUACAAGAUCCUGCCCCCGGAGGCAGAUACGAAAGAGGAGGCGGAGAAGUGGUGGGACAGAGUGCCCGCGAUCCAGGACAUGCCCAUCAACUCUGUAAUCGGGGUCCCGAAAUCCAACUCCACGGUGCAGCUCGAGGAGGAUGGAUCAAUCGAGGUGAAGGGCUACGCACUGCCCUCUGGCUCGGACGGACCCAUCACGAGAGUGGAAGUCAGCGUCGACGGCGGCAAUAGCUGGCGAGAUGCUGAGUUGCUCGGGAGCCAUGACGCCGAUCAGGGAGAGCUGAAGUGGGCAUGGUGCUUGUGGCGGGCGCGUGUACGGAUUGACAAGGGCAAGGACAAGAUGAUCCUGAGCCGAGCGACUGAUAAGAGCGGGAACACGCAGGAGCGAUGUCCGCAGUGGAAUUUCAGGGGCGUGGCGUACAAUGGCUACGGGGAGGUGACGGAGCUUGAAGUCGUA